AUGACUCUUGAGAUGGAACUGAGUUCCGUCAACGGCUCGGAGAUUCUGGUCCUAAAGAGGUCCGUAACCCAGCCCAAUUCGGAGAAUGUGGCCAACUUGCUUGGCUUCCCCCCAAUACCAACGAUCCGCAUAGACUGUCCUUUGGACCAUGCGAAUAACAAUUGGGACCCCAAUCACCUGAACAACGCCUUGUUGAAGGGCACGGACUUCGCUACCGAGGUGCCGCUGGCCCGAUGGGACCAUAGUGCGUACUAUGUCGACAAUGAUCCAGACUGCUGGAAGAUUGGGAAAGUCUUUUGCUUCCACACUUGCCUCAUCGAUGGCAUCGAGCUCUUUGACGCCAAGUUCUUCAGGAUUGCUCCUGCGGAGGUUCGAGGUAUGGAUCCUCUGCAGCGGCAGAUCUUGGAGGUGGGCUACGCAGCCCUGCACAAUGCGGGUUUCACGCACAAGAGCUUGUUGCAAUCUUUGACGGCAAUCUACGUGGCGUCGCCCCUCUCCGAGUUCCAGUGGCUUGACACUGGUCCGGCUGAAGCUGGUGGCUGUGCCCAGCGCUCUGCCGGCACCGGCGUGGCGGGCUCCAUCAUGUCCAAUCGCUUUUCCUUUGUCUUUGGCAUGAACGGCCCCAGUGUGACAUUCGACACGGACGGCUCCUCGAGCCUGGUGAUAAUGGAUGCAGGCAUCCAGGCCUUGGACAACGUGCGAAACCAAUCGACCCAGUCCUGUCUGGCUCGGGCGCCCGAGUCGUUGGGGUCGCGCCAGCCAGCGUUGCACCCAUCGGAGUCGUUGGGCAAGCGGGAGCAUUGA